AUGUCGGACAUACAAAUAUAUCUCCUCGAAGUUGACAAGAACAAGGCAGAGGCCCGAAAUGUAGCAGCGAGAAGUGCCGCUAAACUCGAGGCCAAGGAAGUCAAAUUGAUCGACCUGAUCACCAGUUUGGAAGACCACAUCAAUGAUAAGAACGAUGGAAGCAUUCGAGCGAAGACGCUUACCUAUCUCGCUGAGGUACUGGAGCAGAUCUCGCCCAAGACGCUUUCUGGGCAAGAAAGACGGCUACUAUGUGAUUUCGUUCUCAGCAGAGUCGAAAGUGACAGUGAAGGCAUUGGUGCUUGUGCCCGGGCUUUGAUCGCCUUGGAGGCGCGAGGGAAAUGGGACACGGAACUAUCGCAGAAAGUCACCAAGACAUUCAUGAGCCACACCCAUCCACUCCAGCAAUUCAGACUGCAGACAGAACGCUUCCCGAUCGUGCAGCUCAUGGACAUGUUGUUGGCGAAAUACCGAACGCCACUAAAGGCUCUACAUGAGUCCGACCCUACCUUUCUGUCUUUGUUCAUCACAUACUUCGAAGGUGAAAAGGAUCCUCGCAACUUGAUGAUGAUCUUCUCUCUUUUGCAAGUGCCCAUGGUUGAAUGGGACGUGCAAGCCCAUGCGCAAGACUUGUUUGAGGCUGUAUUCAACUACUUCCCGAUAACUUUCAAGCCUCCACCGGAUGACCCAUAUGGCAUCACUGCGCAAGAUCUGAAAGAUCGACUCCGUGACUGCAUUGCAGCCAACUCCGAGUUCGCCCCUCAUGCGUUUCCAGCGUUGUUGGACAAGCUUGACUCAUCGUCGAUGAACACAAAACGAGAUUCUGUUCAAGCGAUACAGGCAUGCGCACUCACUUAUGGAGUAAAUACGAUCAACCUGUACUCUGUGACCUUGUGGGAUGCUUUGAAAUUCGAGGUGCUCAACGUCCAGGAGGAGGACAUCGCCGAAGAAGCUCUCAAGGCCCUGGCGGCGAUCGCUGUCAAGGUCGCGCAGUCCGAAGGUCCACUGAACGCCUAUCUCAGGCCAAUAAUCAAGGAAUGCAACGAACACCUAGAAGAUGCUCCCACGAAGCAGUCAGCUGCAGCUGGUCGAAUCUUGUAUACAGUCACCAAGGCUAGUCCCCUGGUGGCGGACAAAAUCACGAAAGGAGUUCUCCCUGCAUUGUUCGGUCUCUACCAAGGUUCAAACUCGAUAACGAAACGGAGAGGACUCCUCGAAGUGUAUGGCGAGAUCUUAGGGGCUUUCCAAGAUAUGCAAAGGCUGGACGUCACGUUCGACUCCGCUCCACUCCGAGCAACAUCCGGCGAUGCUCUGGAAGCGGCCAUUCAAGCCCUGGCAAAAGCACCUAAGAUAGAGGUAUCUUUCAGGUUGACCGCAUUGAAGAUAUUGACGCAGUUGACAUGCAUCCCCGCCGUCUUACAUGAAAAAGAUAUCGACCGCGCCGUUGGCACGAUCACGAAUCUCAUUCUACUGGAACGCGUUGAUGGACAUGGCGACAUAACUACUGAAGCAGUCGACAACUUGACCAAACUCGCCGCAUACGUACCUGAGAUUGUACGAAACAAGGCCAUUCCAGCUUUCAUGGUAGAACUGCCUGACAUCCCACGCGACCACGGAUCGCAUGCCCCGGUUCUCGAAGCAUUUGCACACCUGAGUGCGGAGCAACAAGUGUUCGACACUGUGGCGCUUCGUAUCAAGAAUAAGCUCAAUGCCGCUCGCUACCAAAAUGCACCGAGAAGGUACCAGAGAGACUUAAUGUUGGCCAUGCUGUACAUUUUCACAUUUGGAUCUCCUGCACAAGAGAAUGGGGUCGUUCGGGAUACGUACUUUACUGAAUAUGUUGAGCCACUGAUCGCACAGCUCCAAAAUGCUCUUCCUUCGGAGAGCGAUGCUGUAAUGACAGAGGUUCUUGGUCGUCUCACCAACAUUGUUCUGCGACCACAGAACUUGCAUUUCCAAAGCACCGUCUAUCACAGAAACUUCCUGUGGAUUUCGCCAACUGACAGUGUAAUCUACAGGCACGUAGCCCUACUGAUCAACAAAUUUCUGGAGCCAUCCGUGAUCGAGCAGUCCCUCAAAGACUCCGACCUGGACGUUCCAACAUUAUUAUCGAAAUCGCAAAGUAGCCAUGCCACAGGCCUCGCAUUCGCUGUCGUCAAGGCUCUACUGGUACAGGGAAGAUCGGGAGCACUUUCCACAAAAUACGUGAACUCAUUGAUGGAACAUCUUCCCACCGAGCAAAAAGACUACGCGCGACGAUUCGCCGGCUUGCUAGCGUCGGACGAUAUUCUCACGAGAGAAAAUCAUUGCGUUGUUUCGGGAUUAUACAAACAGCGAUUAUUCAAUCAAACAACACCGCAAUUGAUCGAAGCCAUACGCUCAGCGAGCAGCUCGGAAAAGCCGAAGUAUCUCAUUGCGCUCUCUGGCCUCCUCCGCGGCUUACCAUACUCCAUCAUUGAGAGCUCCCUUAGCUCCCUCGUAUCGCCAUUGUUGCAAAGUCUUGAUCUGGAUGAUCCCGAGGACCAAGACGUCGAAUUGGACACGUUGAAGAUUAUCGAAUCCAUCUUGAUGCACGACCCUGCCGUCGUAGCUCAACACACGGCAUCGCUCAUUACGCGCCUACUGAAUGCGACGUCGGUGCCUGCGCACAAGUUUGGAAACCGCGCUAAGGCGCUACAAUGUCUCAUCCUGGUACCAAAGCAGUUGAAGCCGGAAUCCGUCCUUCCAUACCGCCGACCUGUCGUGAAGCAGCUUCUCGAAUGUCUGGACGAUGCGGUAAGAAGUGUUCGAGGCGAAGCAGUGCGGUGUCGUAGUGCUUGGCUUGCUCUGGACGAAGGCAAGGACGACGACGAGUGA